GACGCGAGGAUUGGGAUGGCUAGAUGCAAAAACGGAUCAGGCAGGCUCGUGGGGGGGAGUGAGGGAUAACAAGUCACUUUAAUACAAGGCUCGCUGGGCGGGCGAAGGGGCGCACAUGAGGCGUCGACCAACUCUCAACGGCCUGCACGGUUUAUUCGCAGCGACGCAGACCACAUCAGAGAUCAGAGUCACCAGUCACCAUGGCCACUCCAAUCUAAUUUUGUCCACCUUGGGGCUGAACCCGUCCCCAGCAUGGGUCAGGGUCGCACACUCACACCCUUCAGUUGUGGACGGCAGCAUGUCCACAUUGGAUGGAAUACUCCGUUCUCUUUCGCAAUACCACGUCCUGCCCAGACUCCGGAGCCCAUGUCAAGGGCUCGUGGGAAUCUGCUGCACGUUCCUGGCACAGCGGGGGCCCCCUUGUCCUUUCUCGUUGCUCGGUGUGGCGCCAAGCCGUUGCGCUGCGAGUGGGCACCAAUCAUGUCGCCCCGAGGCCCGCACUGCCACUCCUUGCCUGCCCGUAAGGGCGGCCCAGAAUUGCGCCGAGAUGAUUUCUUCUCGUGCUUCCCGGCUAUUCUCCUUCCCUGGUUGGCUGUGCAGGAAAAGCCGCGAUCUGCAGUGGCUUGAGUCCUUUUCAUCUGCUCUUGCAGGCGCCAUUUCUUUUACCCUUUUCUUUUUUUCGAAGUCCACCGUACAUGGUCACCGACGCACACAGCCUUGUCGCUUGGGUCGUUUUGUGCAACGCUUGUUGGGCCAGAAAUGCAAGGUUGCGCCGGGUGAUGACAAUACAACGUCGACGACUUUACCCGGCCACUGGCGCUGCUGGGCGUUAGGUGACUCCCACGGCGAAGCACGAUAACUACCUCCCUUCCCUGGUAAUUCACUGCCAACCCCAUGGUAGCGUGUUCCCUCUGGGGGCCGAAACAACCGUCAUGAGUUGGUUCUCCUGGGUAGCCAUUAGAACCAGACAAAUAUCCUGCGUGUCUAAGCAUGGGCCUCUUGUCUUUUGUUUUGGUGAUAUCGAAAAGUUUGCAGACGGCGUGGGCCAGGCUAGAGUCGCCGUUUGCCAUCUUCAUAUCACGGGGGUAAUUAUUCACCUCUCGAAUAGAAUGGCAUCACAGUGCCCUAGCCAGCCCUUUGAGUCUCACUUUGGGUCUAUUGCGAAUGGAGGAG